AUGCAUCGUAUACCAAUAUUGGAUAGAGUGUAUGACACCAUACUGAGUAUACCCGUGUUCAAACCAGCAAAUUAUUCAUGGUGUUCUUGGUGUCGAGUGCCUCGUGUUCGAGGUCAUCCUUUGGCUGUUCUUCAUCAUCUAACACAUGCUCCAUACCAUGAGAUAGAAGAACAACUUCUUGAUCAAGAUUUGAUCGAAAAGAUCGGUUCAGGUACUGAAGCAAAUCCUUUUGUUAUUUAUCGUGAUUCACAAUCAGUCAAUACAACAAAUCUUCAACAUCUACGUUUCGUUUGCGUAUCUGAUACUCAUAAUAAUCUUGACAGAAUCGUCAUCCCAAAUGGUGACGUCUUUGUUCAUUGUGGUGAUGCAGUUAAUCAUUAUACAUGUUGGCGUGAUUUACCUAGAUUCAAUGAAUUUGUUGGCAAAUUACCACACAAACAUAAACUCUUCGUCAGUGGUAAUCAUUGUGUUGUUCUCGAUCCAAACCGACCUGAUCUCAGUCAACAGAUAUUAGAGAACAUGACCUAUAUUCAAGAUCAACUGGUUGAUAUCGAAGGAGUAAGUAUCUACGGAAGUCCUUGGCGACCACGAAGGGGUCGUAUCUAUCCAUCCGAAGCAUUCGGAUAUGAUGCUGCAGACAUUCAAGCUGAUAUUUGGUCCAAGGUUCCUGAAAAUAUUGAUAUUUUGCUCACCCACAGUCCUCCCUACAGUGUUCGAGAUUAUGAUCCGUCACAUGAAGAACGUUUAGGAUGUCCAGGUCUCUUACAUGAAGUGAUCACUCGAGUGAAACCUCGUAUUCAUCUUUUCGGUCAUGUACAUUCAGAUUGGGGUGUUAGUGUAUACAAGAGCGACGAAAAUUCUACUUUGGAACAAAGCAAUACGAUAUUACCUUCACACGAUAUUCUGUUCGCCAAUUUAUCAAUUAAACGUUCGAAAAGAAUAUUUGGUGAACCGGUAGUCAUCGAUUAUUUCUAUUGA